CACUGACCCAAAAUCCGACCGUUGCCUGCCUUUUUGCGUCUUCUCUCUCUCGCCGCCCCAAAAUCCUUCCUCAGAGAUACUCCCGGCCGACAACUCCCGCGCGUGCCGAUCCCUGGCGAAAUAGCGAGCGCAACCGCCACCGAGAGGUCGUCCCUUCUCUUCCAGUCCGCGUCCUCCUUGCUGCUGCGUCCCGGAGCGGAGUUGAGUCGAGAUACAACCGGCCGAUUGAUUUCUCUCCUGCGUUGUCAGGUUUUCAUCGAGGUAGAGAAAGAUACCUUUCUGUCCGGUCAUGGCUUUGCCAGCUGCAGCAGCUGUUUUUCUUGAUGAGAACAUGCAGAUACAUAAAGAAAACAGGGUUGAUGCACCAAGUGCCAAACCACUGAAAUCAUCAGCAAAACCUGAGAGGAAGGCUCUUCAGGAUGUGUCUAACAUUCGUAAAGGCACUGCUUUAAAGAACAGAUCCACCAUCAAAGAGAGGUCCACCUUGAAAGAAAGGCCUGCACUUCACGAUGUGUCUAACAACCUCAAAGAGAGGUCCAUCCUGAAAGAGAGGCAUCCUCUUCGGGAUGUGUCUAACACCCACUACGAGAGGUCCAUCCUGAAAGAGAAGUCUGCUCUGCGUAGCCAUGAAACGAUUAAGAACCCAGUGAAUAUUUUUGCUGAUGAUGAAGAGACCAAAAGGUGUCAUGAAUGGGCUAAGGAUGGGAUUGAGGGCACUCACUUCACUGGAAAUGAUAUUCAGAAGUUGGAUAAAGAUGCGCAAGACAAACGUGUCAAGAAGAAAGUGGCGAAAGUUAUAUCAGCAUUGCAUGGCUGGUCGCAUGAGGUAUUUGAUCCUGUGAUGUUUCCAGCUGCGGAGGGUCCCAAGCUUUCUGAAGAACCAAAAGAGCUGGAGCUGGAACCAGAGAUUCUUCCAGACAUCACUUGGUGUCUCUCUACCUCAGGCAAGAGGGAUGAUGCACCAAGGGCCAAACCACUGAAGUCCUUACUGAAGCCUAAGCUUCAAGGACGGAAGGCUCUUCAGGAUUUAUCUAACACCCUAAAAGAGCGGAAGGGUCUUCAGGAUUUGUCCAACACUGUCAAAGGGAAACCUGCUCUGCGCAGCCAUGAAGCUGUGAAGAACCCAGUGAAAAUAUUCACUGUUGAAGAGACCAAAAAAUGUCAUGAAUGGGCUAAUGAUAUGUCGGAGGGCGCUCACUUCACAGGAAAUGAUCCUCAGAAGCUGGAUAAGGAUGUGCAAGACAAACGUGACAAAGCACAGCUGGUUGAAGAUUCUCCUACUGAUGAUGAGCUUGACGACUACCCAUUUCUGGAGCUUGACGACUACCCAUUUCUGGACAACAAUCCUGUUAAGUUUGAGCUGAAAGAUGAGCCAGUGAUUUCAGAUAUUGGAGCAAAGUGAAGAAUCUAUGCCCAACGAAACUGAAAGCUCUGCCUGUGCUAUCGUUUAUGCUGCUAGUUCUGUAGCAAUCUAUGUAGUAUGAAGUUUAGUACGUGUUGCUUGUUCUGUAGCAAACUAUGUAGUUUGAGCUGAAAGAUGAGUCAGUGCCCCCAACAGGUCUCCUGAAACAUCCUCCGCAAGUGAUAUUGUCUGGUUGAUGUCCUGAAUCAGCUAAUAAUUGCAUGAGUAUCCGUUGAUGCACAAUAGAAAGUACAGAUUAGUUAUGCUAAUCUUUUGCAGUUCAGAGCAAA